GAAACAUUGACUGAUUCCUACCCGUGACGGAAGAGCAUGAAGUCAUAGCGAAUUCGCUGGUAGGGCUGAUUGCAGUGCCCACUGGGUCCAACUCAUCACACACCCCCAGAUAGUUAAAUAACCCGUGGAUUCCUUCCCCUUCCCCCGGGGGUUUGUCUCUACUUUUCCCUCGCAUACUUUCGAUACCCUACCUGACACCAUCGCUCAAUACUCCAUACUCCAUACUCCCUCCAAGUCUUCUGCAUCCUCCGCAACACAACCUCUCCUACCUCAAGCAACACCAUCCAACAUGUUCAACUGGUUCAAGUCCUCCAAGGAGUCCGCUCCCACCCAGCAGCCCACCUGGGAUCCCAACACCGUCACCAUGCAGCAGCCCUCGGCCCCCGAGGCUCCUGUCACCGAGCGCGUGGUCACUGGCCAGCCCAACCAGCCCGAACAAAUGCAAAUGAGUCUCCGUGGUGGUGGUGAGGGCGAAGACAUCUGCUGUGGAGUGUAA